GUCUGGUAGUUCGGAAUAAUUCCACUCAGUAACGCGUUCGAGCUUUUUAUUCUUAUUCCUGAUUUACAAUGAGCCGGAGAGCUACUGCAGCUGAUGAUGUGCAAGCUGAUGAUGAUCCACUUUUCAAAGACGGAAUGGAUGAAGACAGAAGAAACAACGACGCCCAGUCAAGAACAUUUGUAAACAGUUUCAUCCCCUCGUUUACAAACGGUUUUCCAUUAGACCCCUGGCACAGCACCCCUGUGAAAAAGCAGACAAAAGAUGCCAGCAUGACAAGAUACAGCACCAAAAACUCAUCUAAUCAUCAAGCAUCCUCCUCAGUGAUACAAGGGACUGAGCGCACAAAUGAAGCCAGCGUACCAAGAAGCAGUGCAAAGAGCACCUAUAGCCCUUCUAACCAUCAAGUAUCAUUCUCUGCUAUGCAGGGAACUGAGACUCCAGCAAAUGAACUGGAAAUCACAACCAUCCAAAAGCAGCGUAACGAGCUUCAUCUCCUGAUAGCGGAACUGAAGGAUCGAGAUCAGGAGCUCAACAGCAUGGCUGCAUCUCAUCACUGCCAGAUUCAGGCCUGGGAGCAGGACCGCCAGCGAGUGCUAACUCUGGAGCAGAAGUGUGCACGUCUUGAGGACGAGCUCCAAAAACGUAACGAGGUGAUCCGUGCCAUAAGCAAGCGCUUGAAGAUGGCGGAGGGACGGGAGAAGGACAGCCACAGAGAGCUGAGCUGCAUUCAACAUCAACUACAAGAACUGAGCCAGAGACAACUGCACAGCAGCCAGAAACAUCAGGACCUGGAGGAGAGGAAUCAGAGUCUGAACUCGACCAUCCUCACGCUCUCGUCACAGUUCGGCCAGCUGCAGGUUCAUGAGGAGGAGCUCAACUCCAUGCUUAAACUAAAAGACAAAGACCUCAUGGAGGCCACUAAUCACAUCCUAUCCCUGACUGAUCGGCUACGGGAGUUAGAGACAUCACUGAAAGCAUCUCAGGCACAUGAGCGAAAAUUGUUACGGGAAACAGAGGAGUACAAGCGUCGCUUUAGAGACGCCAGACGUGAUAAUACUCAACUCAAAGACAACCUUCAAGAGAAGACUUUGGAAAACAACAGCCAGAGAGAGGAGCUCAUUCGGCUUAAACAAGAAAACCAGAUUCUCAGAAAAGAACUUUCACUAGCAGGUGAAGGGGAAAGCUGGAAAGACGAGUUAAUUGCACUGGCGCGUUCAAAGCAAGAGCGAACCGAGUCUGAGCUCCUCUGUCUGCGACAGGUGUGUGAGAACCAGCAGAAUGACCUUCAUCUCCUUAAGCUCAACCACGAUAGCACCAGAGAGACUCUGAGACAGUAUGAAAGUCAAAUGACACUUGAAAAGAUUGGUAAUGUAACUGGACCAAGUGCUUUAGAACACAGUAACUAUAAGGGAACAGUGGAGGAUCAACUGAUAGGAGAGUGCUCUAGCAGAAGCAUAGAUGUGCCACCAAUCUCCCUUCAGCAUCCUAAACAUUUAAAUAAUCACUCCUUAAUUACCACUAUAUCAGAAAACUUAGCAUCCAAUCAGAAUACAGUGAGUGAAGACUUCACCAGCUUUGAGAUAAAGGGACAGGACAGAAAUUCCAAAACUUCCAAAGCGUCAGCUGAGCCAGGUUCCACUUUCCACCACUGCAGAGACUGUGGUAAUUGUUCAUCAGAGAAUAGUGCGGUGGACCUCAUAGCCAUCAUUAACAACAGUUCAGGGACAGAAGAAUCAGUGCUGCUGGUGGAUUUCAGUCCUAAAGAUCAGCAUUGCUCUUGUUCAGGGAAUGUGACCUGUGUGUACGUGGACUGCGCUACACCCUCACCACGGAGACAGUUGAGCCCUGGUUUAGAGGAUUCAGCGUUCAGUACGACUGCAAAGAGCAACCAGGAAUUUACCUCAUCUACAAGUCGCUUGCAGCGCCUGCUGGCAGAAUCGCAGCAAAUGGUAGCUAGUCUCGAACGCUCAUCUGGAAAACCUCUGAGUGAAACCUCAAGCCCAGCAUUAAGCUCCACUCCGAACCCCUCCCCGAGUCCUGUUCUGAGCCCCACUCCCCGCUUUUACUCUGUCUGCAGCCCUACUGAAACCGUUAACAAUAGGACAAGUCGCAGCCACACCCAGUCCCCUGAAAAUGGAAGACAACAGGCAAGAAUGGAGGAUGAGAAUGGUAGACCUGAAAUACAGAAAAUCAGCAGUUCCCAGAAUUUGUCCAGUGGAUUGUUCGAUUGUAGUCUCUCUGUGACAGCCAGCGACUCAGGACUGCCACACUGAUACUGUCCCCGACACAUCUCACAUGGACACUGACAUCCAGCAUUCCUUCAAACUGCCAGUCUGUUUUACUGCAAAUAAAUGCAUUUUAAGCCAA